AUGUUAAAACAUCUCAGGAUCCAUGAUUAAACUAACUCCAAACAAGCUUAAAAGUAAUAACAAAAUCUAAUUGCCACUUAUUGGAAUAGAGAACAUAAAAUAAUUAGCAAUAAAUACAAAAACAGGAGUGCUAUUUAUGAUAAUCCAAAUAAUACUCACAGGUAAUAAGCUACUCCUCUAAGAAUAAAGCAUAUAGACCAAUCUACACUUGGUAUGAAUUUUAAGCUAGUCAUUCCAAUAAAAAGUCCUGUUGAUGAUAAAAAUCCAUAUAAUAAAUAUCCAUCAUCUCCAAAUUUAUUUGCUAACUUAUUUAGACUAAUGACUACACAAUCAAAGAAUAGAAAAAUUAAAGCUUAACAUUAAGCUAAGGAAGGCAUAGUUUGA